GACAACCUUCUUGCAACUAAAGGAAUAGCAACAGCUGCUCUAGCACUUCUAGAGUCAGAAGCUAAUGCCUCUAACUGCGUAGCUGCAAAGCGGCAACAGCUGUUGCGGCGUCUACAGGGCCAGCUUACCCCAGAGGAUCCCGAUUCGUCCAAGCCCUUCGCUCGAGAGCAGCAGCGCAUCGAAACUGCGGUUGCAGAGGAGGAGUUUGCCUUUUAA